UUUAUAAAAUGGAAUGAAUAAUUUAGAGACAAUGGAAAAAGAUAAAGUUUCAUCCUCGUGAUCUGUGGAAAAAAAGAAGUCUCACGUGAAAACCCAGAUUGCCUUGAAGCCUAUUGAUUCUUCAUUAUUCGUCCUUCAGCACCCAAUCAUUGUUGACAUUCUUAGAAUAGCUUGGCUUUUUGGACGGUAAUAAGCUGCAAAAUCUAAGGAUUUUGGGACUCUGGGUUGAUGUUUUUCUUUCUGAUAAAUUUGUUUCCUUCAACUUCUGUAUGAAGAAAAGACUUCAUUCAAAGGAUUGUCGAGUCAUUGUAGCUUAAAACUUUUUACCCGAUGGGGAAAUGUUUGUGACGAUAAUGGAUCCUCAGGCUUUCAUUAGAUUGUCGAUAGGCUCACUGGGUCUAAGGAUUCCUGGAACGGCCUUGAAUUCUUCAAGAGCUGGAAUCCGUGCAUCCUCUGCCCCAUGUUCAUGUGAGAUACGACUCCGAGGUUUCCCUGUCCAAACAACAGCAAUUCCUUUAGUAUCCUCACCCGAAGCUACACCUGAUAUUCACAGUAUUGCCUCUAGCUUUUAUCUAGAAGAGUCUGAUUUGAAGGCUUUGCUGACACCUGGCUGUUUCUAUAACCACCAUGCUUAUCUUGAAAUCACUGUCUACACGGGGAAAAAAGGAACACAUUUCGGUGUCGGAGUCAAGAGACAUCAGAUUGGGACAUUCAAGUUGGCCGUGGGUCCUGAAUGGGGUGAAGGGAAGCCGUUGAUUCUUUUCAAUGGAUGGAUUGGGAUCGGAAAAAGCAAGCAUGAGAAUGGAAAACCAGGAGCUGAACUUCAUUUGAGGGUAAAACUAGAUCCUGAUCCAAGAUACGUGUUCCAGUUCGAAGAUGUGACCCUGCAAAGUCCUCAGAUAGUACAGCUUCAAGGUUCCGUAAAACAACCAAUUUUCAGUUGCAAAUUCAGUCGGGACAGGGUAGCGCAGGCAGGUUCGGCUGACAAUAUAGACAUAGAGACGGGAAGAAGAGAGAGGAAAGGAUGGAAGGUGAAGAUACAUGAUCUGUCUGGCUCGGCUGUUGCGGCGGCCUUCAUAACCACACCCUUUGUACCAUCAACUGGUUGCGAUUGGGUUGCCAAGUCCAACCCGGGAGCUUGGUUGAUUCUUCGCCCUGGCACUUUAAGGCCACAAAGCUGGUUGCCUUGGGGAAAGCUCGAGGCAUGGCGUGAGCGCGGUAUCAGAGACUCCUUGUGCUGCCGAUUCAACCUGUUGUCUGAAGCUCAAGACAGUGAGGUUCUCAUGUCCGAGAUACAUAUGAAUGCUGAAAAGGGUGGGGAAUUUUUUAUUGACACCGACAAACAAAUGUGGCAUGCACCGACUCCUCUACCAAGUCCGCAAAGUAGCGGAGACUUUUCAGCAUUAAACCCGAACCUUGGUGGCUUUGUGAUGAGCUGCAGAGUCCAUGGGGAAAGUAAAAGCAGCAAGCCAUCAGUGCAACUAGCCAUGCGACAUGUGACAUGCAUAGAGGAUGCUGCCAUCUUCAUGGCACUUGCGGCAGCUGUUGACCUUAGCAUAGAGGCAUGCAAGCCUUUCCGAAGAAAGACAUGGAGAGGCUCCCGCCAUUCUUUAUAAAGAAUCAAGGUGAUUUAUUUCCAUGAACAAAGCAUAACUUUAUAUUUGUGUCGACUGUGUUAUCCGGCAUUAUUCGGCGUUGUGUACAGUAUCUUCUGGUUUAGGUAUGUACAUAUAUUGUUCAACUCAUUUAUGGUGUCGGUACAGCCUAUAAAUGGCACCUAUAUAAUCUAUCCGGUCUUCAAGCUGGAGUCUUUGUACAGCU